AUGGCCGUCACGAUUGGACAAAUGAAGAUGAGCAUGAUCGUCCAUGCCAGGAUGAGCGUGGUCAUCGUCGUAUGCAGCUGCCUUUGUCUCACGUUUACCGGAGCCUCAGAAACAGAGCGGAGGCUCCAUCGAAAGCUGUUUGAGAACUACAACAUGAAAGUCAGACCAGCUCCUUACUGGGAGGACAAGGUGAUGGUGCGAGUGGGGAUGACCCUCUCACAGCUCGUCAGCCUGAACGAGAAGAACGAAGAGAUGACGACUAACGUGUUCAUGAACCUGGCAUGGACAGACUACAGGUUGUCAUGGAACCCAGAGGACUAUGAUGACAUUACAGUUGUGAGGAUUCCUCCCAACAAGGUGUGGCGUCCUGAUGUCUACCUCAUAAACAAUAACGACGGUCAGUUUGACGUGGCUCUGUACGUCAACGUCCUGGUUUACAGUGACGGGACAGUCAACUGGCUUCCGCCAGCCAUCUUCCGCAGCUCCUGCUCUCUAGAGGUGUCGUACUUCCCGUUUGACUGGCAGAACUGCAGCAUGGUUUUCCGUUCGUACACCUACGACGCCUCUGAGGUGGAGCUGCAGUACAUUCUGGACGACGAAGGCAAAGAGAUUCAGGAGAUUGUUAUCGAUAAGAACGCUUUCACUGAAAACGGAGAGUGGGCCAUCUGUCACAAACCCUCCAGAAAGAACAUUAAGGAGGACCUGUACGAGGACAUCACCUUCUACCUCAUCAUAGAGAGGAAGCCUCUUUUCUACAUCAUCAACAUCAUCGUGCCCUGCAUCCUCACCAGCGUGUUGGCUAUAUUUGUCUUCUACUUGCCCCCCGGAGCAGGAGAGAAGAUGACUCUCUCCAUUUCUGUCCUCAUCGCUCUGACUGUUUUCAUGCUUCUGCUGGCUGACAGGGUCCCCGAGACUUCCCUUGGCAUCCCAAUUAUUGUCAACUACGUCAUGUUCACCAUGAUCCUGGUCACUUUCUCUGUCAUCCUAAGCGUAGUUGUCCUCAAUCUGCACCACCGAACGCCCAGCACACACAUCAUGCCGAGCUGGGUUCGAAAGGUGUUCAUUCACUUCCUGCCCAAGUACAUCGGCAUGAUGAGGCCAAACCCGGAGGAGCCUCUGUUGAAGGAGGAGUCCGGUGAUGACUCGCCCAUCCGAAGCUUCAACGGCAGGCAGCCUGGAGGAGAGUACUUCUUUCGAAAGAUCAACCCUGACCUCGUCAUACCCUGGAGGGGCCGGUGCGAGAGCACGGUGCAGCUCCAGAGGCUCCCGGACACUGACAGCUUCUGUCUGGUCCUCCCUCCCAACCUGAAGUCGGCCAUCGCUGCCGUGACCUACAUGGCGGAGCAGCUGAAGAAGCAGGACACGGACGACACGAUGACAGGGGACUGGCAGUACAUCGCCCUCGUGGUGGACCGCCUCUUCCUGUGGCUGUUCGUCAUCAUCACCACCCUGGGCACCCUGGCCAUGUUCUUGGACGCCAGUUUCAACUACACGCCCGACAACCCCUUCCCUUAG